AUGGUCAAAAAAUCCACCAGGCAGACGUGGCUUUUGGAAGAAGCCUACAUCAUGAAGGAUCCUUUCACCCCUGACAAGUUCCUCAUCGCUGGGUCUCAUUGCAGUUUGUGUAGCAGAGCAGUGUGUAUUGCCACCGACCGUAGUCUGUUCUACUCCAAAAGUUUCUGCCUCCCCUGUGUGAAGGAAAACCUGAAGUUCUUUCCUUUAGAAAUACAAGAAGACAUGGAUAAAAGGAAGCCCCAGCAGAAAUCCUGAAAAAAAAACCCCAACAAAAAAUGAUACAAAGCAUUAAUCUUGAAGGACCAAGAGAGACAUUUCUUUGGCUGGGGUUUCUCCUCUCUCUGCUUGGAGACUAUCAUGUUGCUCCUUUUAAAGAAGUGACCUUCAUCAGCUCACUACUACCGGAGAGAGCAGCACAUUUCCUUGCCCUUGGCUUGGGUUCAGACAUCCCCGUGCAGCUCCGGCCGCGCCAGGGAGCGGCUCCGAGGUGCUGAGGGGCCAGAAAGGAAGGCAGGCAAGCCUGCUGUCACCAUGAAAUGCUUGCAGAAAGAAACCAAACAGCACAGAGCACAGGAACCACGUUCAGAUUUUCAAAUUUGCUAUUUUAGUGCUUUGUGUUGUCCUUGACACUCCUAUGGUGUUACGAAAUUCCGAAAUAGGUUGAUCUGGCUUAAUUCAGUAUAUACGCAAGAAAAUCAGCGUACACCAAUUGUUAAUCUGGCAGUGCUGUCUUGGUAAGAUUACAUUAGGCAGGGAAUUUAAAGCUUUAUUUUUAAGUCUAAAAUAAAAGUGCUCUGAGAAAAUGCCACAAAUAUAAUACCUACAUUUUUCAAUAUGGUAAUCUUAAUGCUCUCACAGCACUGAGACUUGAGAUUUUGAAGGUUGGUGCUCCUGCAAUCAAUAAAAGUAUUUACAAGUCCCUUGCACUUGCAGUCACAUAUAACAAUAUCAAUAUUCUUAGAUCAAACCCACAUGUAAUUUAAAUCUCCAGUAAAAGAAGGAUAAUAAAGCUGAUUAAACCUAAAUACAAAAAUUAUAUGCAACUGAUUAUCAGGAGAGCCCUUGGGCCAUAAGCAAGCACAGAUACCAUGCUCCACCUUACAUUCCAACACUUUUCACUUGACCUUCCAGUCUGUGUCAGCACAGCAACUGGAGAGGACCCUGAAUACAUUUGGCUUAUGCAUUACAACAAAGAUGACUUCCUUCUCACUUUCAAAGCAGUUAAUCUGGAAAUAGAAGAGUUCCAUUAAUACACUCAAUUCUUUC